AUGAUCGAUAAUCCUACCAGAGUGACCGAACAUUCUCGCACAUUAAUUGACGUAAUUCUUCCCUCUUCAGAAAAUAAAAUCAAGGAAACGAACUUCAUCGCCAAGUCGAUAAGUGAUCAUGAUACAGUUAUGUCAAUUCUAGCCUUGAAGAAAUGUCGUCCAAAGCCUGUUUAUGUCUCCGUCCGAAGUCUCAAACAAUUCAACAAAGAUUCCUUUUGUGCAGAGGACAUAUCUAACGCUUCCUGGUCCGUCAUUAACAACUUUGAGGAUGUCAAUGACUGUUUAAAUGCUUUCGACUUACUGUUUAAUGAAAUUCUGGAUCAACAUGCUCCAAUUAGAAAGGUUAAAGUAAGAACUCGUCCAAACCCCUUCGUGACAGAAGAGAUUCGAGGGCUAAUAAAAACUAGAGAUCGAUGGAGAAAACUAGCUCGGAAUGCUGGUGAUCCUGCUGCAUGGUCUGCUUACAGGAACUGUAAACGGGAUGUCAAACGAGACUUACGUAUCGCCCAAAGAUCUUUUGUCAAACGGGAAAUUAGGAAAAACACCAAGGACACUGGCAACAUGUGGAAAGUAAUUCGCACUUGUAUUCCAAAGAAAUCUACCGGGAAAAAAUGCUUCAGCAGUGACGAUAAAUCCGUGGCGAAUAACUUCAACCAGUUUUUUACAUCAGUUGGUUCAAAUACUGUCACGAAAAUCAAAUCACUAGCUAAAGAAAACAAUUACACUCCAUCUCAGAGAUGGCGUCAGCCAAACGGUGUAUAA